AUGGCAUCACACGGCGAAUCGACAUCGCAGGCUAGUGCCAAUGGAGCGCACACGAAUGGAUCCAACACUCGCCAAGUAAUUCAAGCGCCGCUCCCUAACCCCUCCCUUCAAGCAACUGCAGACCACAAACUCAAGUCUGUUGAAGCCCCCGUGUAUGCCCCAGGCCCUGGCGAGGUACUCCUGCAUGUCAAAGCCACAGGAAUAUGCGGCUCGGACGUGCACUUUUGGAAAACCGGCUGCAUUGGCUCGUUAGUGUUUGAGGGUGACUGUAUUCUCGGCCAUGAAGCCGCAGGCGUCGUUGUCAGGUGCGGGGAUGGCGUGACGGACCUCAAGCCCGGCGAUAGAGUCGCUGUCGAGCCCGGCGUACCAUGCGAGAAGUGCUUCUUGUGUAAGAUGGGCAAGUACAAUCUCUGUGAAGACGUCGCCUUCGCGGGAGUGUAUCCAUACCAUGGAACCUUGCAGCGGUAUACAGUGCACCCUGCCAGGUGGCUGCACAAACUGCCAGAUAACAUGUCCUUUCAAGAUGGAGCACUGCUCGAGCCACUCAGUGUCAUCCUAUCAGGGCUUCGGGUCGCCGAGCUGACGCUGGGUCGUAGUGCCGUUAUCUGCGGCGCGGGUCCCAUCGGCCUCACUGCCCUGCUCGCAGCGAGAGCGUCAGGCGCUUACCCGCUGGUCGUGACUGAUAUCGAGCCCAAGCGGCUAGAAUUUGCGAAGCAGCUCGUCCCGUCCUGUCUCACCUACCGUAUUGACCCGUCCCAGGAUGCUCGCGGCAAUGCGAGGGGCAUCAGAAAGCUCUUUGGUGCUCGAGGAGGCGAAGGCGAGGAAGGGGAUGAGUAUUUUGCACCACCAUGCGUGGUCGAGUGCACAGGCGUCGAGUCGAGUGUGUGCACGGCGGCUUUCACCGUGAGGAGGGGCGGUAGGGUCGUGGUGGUCGGCGUUGGCAAGAGUACCAUGAACAACCUACCGUUCAUGCAUCUAUCUUUGUCUGAGAUCGAUCUGAGAUUCAUCAACAGAUACACGGACACUUGGCCGGCUGGCAUCUCGUGCAUGAGCGGCGGAAUUAUCGACAUGACAAAGCUAGUCACCCAUGUCUACCCUCUGGAAAAAGCCGAAGAGGGCUUGACAUUUUCUUCAGACCCUCGCAAUGGCAGUAUCAAAGUUCAUAUUGUGGAUGAGUCGGAAACCGUUUUCUUCUAA